UAGGUUAGAUUUUGCCUAUCGAUAUAUUGCCACACGUUUAUCGCAUCAAUUGCGCACAUUUGAUUAUAAAUAACUAUCGUAACAUGUCAUACGAUCAAAGACAUCAAAUGUUAUAUUUAUUUAACAAUUCUGAGUUACCUUUUUUUUCUCAUUUUUUAUUAUUUUAACUAAUCUCAUGUAUAUAUGUACGUGAUUGAUAUAUGUAUAAAUAUUAUAUGAAUUAAAAAACAAAAAAACAAAAUGGCAAUGUUUUAGUGUAUUCGGAGAUUUUGUUAUAACAAACGAUUAUUACUACGAGGGAUACUCCAAUGACCAAAAAUAAAAAGUUGUUCCUGCAUGCAGUGCACUGUGUCUGCAAUCUUCCUGAUAAUAUUGCACAAUAUUUUUUAUUACUUUGCUGUAUUGUAUAAAGCGUAAGACAUAAAUGGCUGCUUAUAUCAAUCGUACAAUAUCUUUAAUUGGGGGAGAGAGUCAACUUCGAUCUACAGAUAUUAGAAGUGAUCAUUCUCCUCUACAGAUCUUUGUUAAAGCGAAGAAGAAAAUAAACGAUAUAUUUAUUGAAAUAGAUGACUAUGUUCAGGAUACAGUGGCAUUUAUGAAAUCACUGCAGAAUGAUCGCAAGAUCAUUACUGUGGAAGAAGUGUCACGAGUCCAAAACUAUGUAGACAAAGUUCAUGCCAUACGAGAUGUCCUUAAAAGAGAUCACAUGAAAGUUGCAUUUUUUGGAAGAACGAGUAAUGGGAAAAGUACAGUUAUAAAUGCUAUGCUACGAGAUAAGAUUUUACCAAGUGGAAUAGGACACACAACAAAUUGCUUCUUACAAGUAGAAGGAUCAGAGAAUGGAGAAGCUUAUCUUAUUACUGAAGGUUCUACAGAAAAACAACCAGUUCAAUCUGUUGGGCAAUUAGGUCAUGCUCUUUGCAAAGAAAAAUUAUGUGAAAGUCAUUUAGUCAGAAUAUUUUGGCCAAAAGAGAAAUGUCUUUUAUUAAGAGAUGACGUAGUUUUUGUUGAUAGUCCUGGAGUUGAUGUUACACCUAAUUUAGAUGAAUGGAUUGAUAAACAUUGUUUAGAUGCAGAUGUAUUCGUUUUGGUUGCAAAUGCUGAGUCUACUUUGAUGGUCACCGAGAAAAACUUUUUCCAUAAAGUAUCUACUAAGUUAUCAAAACCAAAUAUAUUUAUUUUGAACAAUAGAUGGGAUGCAUCUGCUUCUGAACCAGAAUUCUUUGAUCAGCUGGUCAAAGAACAGAAAGAGGUAAGAGCUCAACAUCAAGAACGUGCUGUGGACUUUUUAUCAAAAGAAUUAAAGGUUUAUUCUCCAAAAGAUGCAGAGGAACGUGUAUUUUUUAUUUCUGCCAAAGAAACUCUUCAAGCCCGUAUGCAAGAGCAACGUGGUCAACCAGCUCAUAAUGGUGCAUUGGCAGAAGGUUUUCAGAAUCGUUAUUUCGAGUUCCAAGAUUUUGAAAGAAAAUUCGAGGAAUGUAUUUCUAAAUCAGCUGUGAAAACCAAAUUCGAACAACAUUCUCAACGUGGUAAACACAUAGCCACAGAAAUUCGUCAAACUUUGGAUGAAAUAUUGGAGAAAACACAAGCAAUGCGUAGUGAACAAUUAAAUGUUAAGAAGGAAGUUCAUGACAGAUUAAAUUUUACGGAACAGCAAUUAAUAUUAUUAACUCAAGAAAUGAAAGAUAAAAUUCAUCAUAUGGUAGAAGACGUUGAACAAAGAGUUGCCAAAGCAUUGAAUGAAGAGAUUCGUCGAUUAGCUGUUCUCGUUGAUGAAUUUAGCGUUCCAUUUCAUACCGAACCAUUAGUAUUGAACGUAUAUAAACGUGAAUUACAUACACAUGUGGAAAAUGGUUUAGGUUCCAAUUUACGAGCACGUUUGAGCACGGCUUUGGCAUUAAAUAUGGAAAAUUCACAACGUGAAAUGACAGAGAGAAUGGCAGGUUUAUUGGCAGAUAAUAAGAAACAAAUGUCUUUAAAUAUUUUACCUAGACGAGAACCAUUUGAGAUAUUAUAUAGAUUGAAUUGUGAUAAUCUUUGUGCGGAUUUUCAUGAAGAUUUAGAAUUUCGAUUUUCAUGGGGUUUAACGUCUAUUAUUAAUAGAUUUGCUGGGAAACAAAGUCAUAAAUUAACUAUUGCUAAUUAUCCACAAGAGAUUCCACCGUCUAUAACAUCGCCGACAGAUAGUAUCGAUUCUAUCAAAUUUGUAUCAAAUACACCAAAUUUUUCGACAAAUUCCGACGAUUGGUCAUUAGCAACAAGAAUUGCUAUUGCAUCAAUAACAUCGCAGGGCACGAUGGGUGGCCUAAUUAUUGCUGGUUUUAUGCUGAAAACAAUUGGUUGGAGGCUUAUAGCUGUAACAGGUGCAAUUUAUGGUGCUUUAUAUCUCUACGAGCGAUUAACAUGGACUAAUAAAGCAAAAGAAUCCGAAUUUAAACGGCAAUACGUUGCACAUGCAACUAAGAAAUUAAGAUUGAUUGUAGAUCUUACAUCUGCGAAUUGUAGCCAUCAAGUUCAACAGGAGUUAUCUAGCACAUUCGCACGUCUGUGCCAUUUAGUCGACGAAACAACAUCUGAAAUGGAUGCUGAACUCAAAACUAUUGCCACUAUGGUCCGAGUUUUAGAAGAAGCUGCAUCUAAUGCUAAAGUUUUACGAAAUAAGGCGAAUUAUUUAGCCAACGAGUUAGAUUUGUUCGAUGCAGCUUAUUUAAAAUCCUUAAAUUAGAAUAAUACGGGGAGAAACAAAAAAAAAGAAAAGGAAAUUUAUUUUAAAGUAGAGUACAACGUAGAGGUAUUGUGUUAUCUGAACAUUCAUAUAUAUUAUGUGUAUAUAUAUAUAUAAAUUUUUAUGUUGCUUUCUAAAUUCGAAUGAUUUCAAAGAAAAGUUUCUUUAUAAAAGGGGAAACACUUAUGGAAAUAAUUUAAUCUACGAUACGAUCUACGAUAAGAUCCUUAUCUCAUAACUCUAACAAACAAUUAUUAAUAUUUUCCCCACGUACAAAUGAAACGCUUCUUAUCUGUAAAAACUCUAGUCUAAGCAUUCAUAAUUUUUUGCAGAAAGAAUAUUAGAUUUGUUUUUAAGGAAAUACAAAUGAUUAUACGUACGGAUAGGUGUUCAUGUUAAAGAUUUAUUUUUAAUCCAAUGAAUUUUUUGUUUAUAUACGUUAAAAGUUUUAUCUCUGGUCGAUAUAUAUAUAUUAUAUAUUAUACAUUAUAUAUUAUAUAUUAUAUUAUAUAUAUUAUAUAAUAUAUAUUAUAUAUAUUAUAUAUAUAUUAUGUAUGGUAUAUAGAAUAUUGGUGCAAGCAUUAUAUAAUGUUCUAUAUACAUUGUGAUUUAAUUUGAAAGAUCUAUUAUACAGAUUUAUAUUGUCAUAAGUAAUAACGCUUAAGAGAAGAUAAAUUAUAUAUAUAUAUAUAUAUAUAUAUAUAUAUGUGUGUGUAUAUAUAUAUAUAUUUCUCUCUCUCUCAUAAAAAUGUACUCAUAUUUAUAACAUGAAUAAAGAUUUCAUUGUUGAUCGUAUAUUCUUUUUAAAAAUAAGAAAAGAAACAAGUAAUAAAUAAAGUUUCUUUGCAAUAUGUAAUAAAAUAAACAAUGCUAGAAAAGAUAACGAAACUUACAGAUUUAUAUGAAUUAUUUUAAUGAUACAUUGAAAAUUUAUUUAUUACCGCGAUAAAUUAACCAACUAAUCAAAUUCUGAACGUCACGAUAUCUAACUCUUUUAAAUACAUAGAUUGUCUAAACACGUCAUAUAAAGAAGCGUGAGAAGAAUUCGAUAUAUCAUUAUUUGAAUUACUUUUACAUAUCGUAUCAUAAAUAAUUUAAAUCACAAUAAAUUACAAUAUCAUUCUCUAGAAAUGAAUUGCAAAUCUUAUUAUGAAUUCUCAUUAAUUAAUUACACGUACUAUCUAUUCAUGUAUUUUUUUGUACAAUUUUAUCGUUACGUAAAAUUAUUAUCAUUGUUCUAUUGUGAAAAUAUGCAUAGGAAUUGAUAACACAGUAUAAUAAAAUAUCAAACGAGAAGUACAUAUUCUUUUCAAAAUUUAUGAAUUAAUAUUUUGUUUGUUGCUUAUAACAAAAAAUUUAAGAAAAAAAACUUCUUUCUUUCCUUUCUUGUUCUAUUUGAAAUAAAUUCGAAAUAAAUUUGAUAAUUGUCUUAUAUCAUCUAUUUAUCAUAAAUUUCAUUCAAUCGGUGAAAUAUACGAAGAAUAAAUUUUUAACUUUAGAAUGAGCGCAUGAUUUUUCACGUACUUGCAUACAUAUCAUUUGUAUCUUUACUUUUGCUUGCAAUAUCUCGAAUAAUUUCAUCGAAGUAAAUUUAUAUUUCUUCCUUCUCUCUUUUUUUUUUUUCAAUCAUCAUUCAUAAAAGAUUUGAAGAUUUCAACUUCUUACAAAUUUGUAAUAUUUACUUUCGCUCUUAUCUGUGCUCUCACGAAUCCAACAAAUUUCGAAGAACGAAAAAAGUAAGAUUAUCGAGAGGUGAAAUAGAAUUUAAAAAUAAUAAAAAAAAAAAGAACAA